AUUAAAUGCUAAUCAAAAUUGCACCAUCACUGAUUUGUUAAUAUUACGGUCUAUUUUUUGCGGAUAAUUGUGUAGGUACUGGUAUUAAAUCGAAGCUGGCGUUCAUUAUGGUGCUCUUUCUUAUUCUUUGCACAUUUACGAUAGAGGUGUUUUCCUUAGAGAGCUAUGGUCGAUGAAGUAUUUCAGUUUUUGUGUAUUCUCAUGGUACUGUAAUGUUGGCUAAUUCAUUCGCUAAAGGUAUUAUGUGAGUUUAAUGUAUUCACUUCCUGGGGCCUUGGAGAUAAAGUUAUUUAAAAUGAAAGUUUUGGAAACGUCAUGUCAGGAAAUACCCUUAAAGGAUGUUAUGUACUUUGUCAAUUACGAUCUUCUGAUGAAAGAAUAAUGAAAAUUUGAUUGUUAUCUCCUUGCUCGCCUUUUGAAGCUGAUUAAAUCUUAUCGCCCACCCUUUGUUUUUGUGAAGCUGAAAUAAAAAAGAUUUGACUGUAGCCGGCGAGGACAGUUCGUGCUAAGGAAGCUUUUUAACACGUGCUUUUCCUCCAGCAUUUUCCUGUCGCAGUUUAAGGACAAAGGUAUCAUUUAUUGCAAUCUUUCAGUGCGGCUGAUGGUAGCUGUAGUACCUUCCGCUCACGUGAUUAAGUAACGUUAUGUCAGAGAUGUUUUUCUUUCCUGUGCGUGUGGUUCAAUACCAGAGGAAUUUAUCAAUAGGACUCAGUAUUGCACACAAAUAAUUGUCCUGGCGCUAUGCUGUUCUUUUAAUAUCAAUUAAGCAAAAGUUUGUUGAGUAUAGUUCAAGUGCUUACACUGAAAAUUCGAAAUGAAACUAGAGAUUCAGAACAGACGAUUGCAUUGGCAUCGCUCUGAUUUCAAAGGUCACUGAUUGUUUGUGCUGUUUUUCAUUUCAAAAUCCCGCGAACUACUUCCGAAAACAGAGACACAGACGCUAAACCGUUCGAUAUCCUUUUUUUAUCUCAAGAAUGUUGAAGAUAUUGGCUUGAGAAAAUUUGCGCGUGAUCGAGCAAUUUGCAUUGAAAUUCAGGGGUCAACUGAGGGUACAAGCUGUGAAGUGGAAAGUUUAAGACCACCGAGUCAAUGGAAUAUCUUCAAUUAACCAGUUUCCCUCGCAACAAGCUACGAACCAACACUUUUGACAGUUGUUUUACUUCAAUUUCGUCAAUGGCUUUCCGCUUUGGCUGACAAAACUCAAGAUAGGCAGGCUUGUGUGACCAAAGCCCGGCAAUCUAGAGCCAGUUAAUCACGCAUAAUGAGUUUGAGGUCAUUGUUUAAAAGUACGUGAUCUCUGCCAAUUGACGUCAAAGAGAUAAUUAUUAAAAUACUUCGCGCCCAGAGCGUAUAUAAAGGAAAGUUCAGCUCUUCAAAGUUCACAAUCGACGCAUCCAUAGGUUAAAAAAUCACUUCGGUACACUGGUUUGAGCUACAAUAGUGCGAAGUGUAAAAAAAUGAUUCUCAAGAAUGAAACACAGGGAAAUAAAGUGCAAGAAACAGCAGCGUUAGUUCAAAGUUUGCAGGCCUCUCCAAGAUCCUGCAUAGCAGUUAAGAUUGAUGUUUUAAGAGCCAGAAACGUUACUCAAGGAUGGUAUGACUGGAUCGAUACACCGGAUCCAUAUUUGAGGAUGAGAAUCCCUUCAUCAGCUGAAAUUGUCAAAAGAACAAAAUGUGUUUCAAAUAACAAGAACCCUGAGUGGAAAGAGGAACCAUUUGUCUUUCAUAUUGAUCCUGAAGAAAACAAUGUGCUAGAGCUGACCUUAUGGGAUGAAGACUUCAACGCUGAUGAUCAAAUUGGUAUUGCAGUCUGCUUGCCACUUGAUAAUUUACAACUGGGCAAACUGGAGCACAGAACUCUUAAAUUUGGAGAGUAUUCUGAAGUGGACAUUACCCUGGAGGCAUCCACAGUAUCUGGGGAGUACGCUGACCUUCGUUACAGUUCAGAACUUUGCGAUGAAGAGAAAGAAUUUAGAGAGAAGAGAAAAGCUAUCGUGUUUGACGCCAUGAAAAGGUUGUUGGGAGAACAAGCGCCACAAAACAUGGAUGAGGUUCCCACAAUAGCCGUGCUUGGCUCAGGGGGUGGUUACCGAGCUACUACAGGCUUCAGCGCGGCCUGUCGUGCCUUGGAUGAGAUGGAUCUGAUGGAUUGCAUGACUUAUUUAACCGGUUUAUCAGGUUCUGCUUGGGGUUUGUCUUUGUUAUACUCUCAGACCGCGGGAGAGAAAAUUGACUCCAUGGAGACCCAGAAGAAUAUCAGAGAACAUCUACAGUGGGGACCCAUGUGGUUACUUACCCCCAGGAGGGUGAUGCAGUACGUCAAAGAUAUCACAGAAAAAUGGAAGAAAGGACAGCCUGUUAGUCUGACAGAUUUUUAUGGCCAUUGUGUCGGAGAAAGCCUUUUAGGACCCAAAAAGAACUCAGUAAAACUAAGUGAUCAAAAGGAGAAGGUUGCAAAUGGAGCAGUUCCCAUGCCAAUAUACACCGCGCUUAAUUCCAAAAGAGACGUAUCAGCACAGUCAUAUGCAGAAUGGGUAGAGUUUACUCCUUACGAGAUUGGAAUGGACAAGUAUGGCACCUUUAUGAAGACCGAACUUUUUGGAAGUAAAUUCUUUUGUGGGAAACUCGUUGAGAAGUUCCCUGAAUCUCCACUUUAUUAUCUGCAAGGAAUCUGGGGAAGUUUUUAUGCAAUCCUGCUGCAGAGAGUUCUGAACCAAAAAAAGCAGAUAAACACGGAACAGGAUGACGAGAAACAACUCUUAGAGCAACAAUUUCUGUCCGAAAAGAGCAACAAAAACGACUCUGAUGAUGAUGAUGAUGUUGAUGAUGUCGACGAAGGCGUUGGUGACGUCGGCGAAAAAAAAAACCAAAAAGAUGUUGGAAUUUCUCUCAUGGCCAAACUACAAAAAGACGUUGAAGCGGACGAAGAACUCCACAAGUUAGAUAGCAAAGCGACAAAAAACCAAAAAACAGAGAAGAAAGAGUUCCGUAGAAAAGUCAUAGACUAUGUACUUGAAAAGUUACCAGGUCUCCAAACUCGGUCAAAAAGAGCAGGGCUGGUCCACAACUUCCUACGAGGCCUGGGACUUGAUGGAGCUAAAGAGUAUGCAGACGGAGCAGCACCACAAUGUCCCUUCGAAAGAGACAACAUCAAGAGGAAACGAAUGGAACUCAUCGAUGCAGGACUGAUGUUUAAUUCGCCUUAUCCGCCCCUUCUGAGGAAACAGAGGUCCGUUGAUCUUAUUCUGUCAUUUGAUUUCAGCGCCAGAGAGUCUGACGAGGAAAGGCCAUUUAAGAACAUCAAAUUAGCAGAAGACUGGGCCAAACGAAACGGACUUCUUUUCCCGCCAAUUGACGCAGACGAACAGUUUGACAGAGACGGAUGGAAGGAAUGUUACGUGUUUAAAGAUCCUACAAACCCCAAGUGUCCAAUAGUACUUCACUUUGUUCUUGUCAACAAGACAUACAGAGAUUUUGUACGGCCAGGAGUGCCUCGAACUACUAAACAGGAACAGAAGGCUGGUGAUUUUCCAGUAUUCAAUGAUCCCGACAAACGGUUCAGUACAUUUAACUUGAAGUAUACGCACGACAUCUUUGAUCGGCUCAGUGGCUUAGUAGAGUUUAACACAGCGAUCAACGAACAGCUUAUCAAAGAUACCAUGGUGGAAUGUGUACAAAGAAAAAGAACACUCAUCCAAGGAGAUGCCCAAGACUAAUUGCAUCCGAGAUGUCUUGAGUGCCGUGAAAAUUCCUGGAUAACCAUGAUGAAAUGAAGCGAAAUGGGAAUUACGUACCAGAAUAUUUUCUGCGUCAUCUUUCGUUACUUAAUCCCUGCAUUGUUCGUAAAUAGUGGUGUCCCAUAGUGUAGAGUUUAACUGAGUGCAAAGAUUGCAGUCGGAGGAAGUCAUACUUAGAAGUUAAGUUAAUCUGCAAUGCUUGCAGAUCCUAUGUGGAAAAUAAGGAAUAAGGAAACAAAUUGAAAAUGUGUGAUAACAUCUACUUUUUUUUUGAUAAAGUGCAUUUUCAUAUAUUUGCUUUUUACAUUUUUUUUUAAGUUUGCAACUAUGAAAUUAUGUUUAGAGUACGAAACACCAUCGAAAACGUCUAAAAAUUAUUUUCAAAAUGGACAGAUCCAUUUCCUCUGGUCGUAUACCAAUAUGACUUUUAAAUGUAAGGUUUUUAUUGAUAUGUACAAUAAGACAGAUUUAAUAUAUGUAUAAUUAUUGCAGAGAAACUUAUUUGAAAUAUGAUCCAUCGUAUAUUUAUUUUAAAUGUAUUAUCUAUUUGAAGAAGCGCAUAGCGAAUGUAAAUAAAAGACUUUAAACUGUGAA